CCUGUGGACUUGGGUGAUGUUUUUAGUAUAGAGUAGAGCACAAUUCCUAGGUUGGUUGUGGAGAAGUACAAGGUAAAAAGAAAAGAUCAGGCUUCAGAGACUAGGGAAAUAGCCUGUUCUCUUUAGGCAUCAUAGUUAUCCGUUUAUACCAUAAAAGGUUUAGUCAGCAAUACUGUGUAUGUAGUCUUAAAAUAAGUAGAACUGGAGAAGAGGGAGGAGGUCCAGGAUUGCUGCUUAGUUGUGUCCAUGUGCCCCUUGCUGGGGGAGCUGAGACAUGCUCAUAUCAGAAGGAUAGGGACACUUGUACCUGGUCAGCCUGUCCCAGCACAGCAGGAACUGACCUGUUGUGUGGGAGGACAGUAAAAGGUGCCAGAGACAAACAUUAACCCAUGAACCCUUGAGGGGAGGGAGUAGAUGUUUGGGACCCACAUAGCAUAUAAAACUGGGAAAAGAUCCAGACAUUACCUUGUCUAGGCCACUGAUCCCACACUCAGGAACCAGACCUUGUGGGUGAGGACAUGCCAAUCCUCCUGCUAAGUUCAUAACCUCCUCCCCCGGCCAGAAUCAUGCCCUAGGCAGGAAUAUAGCACCUCACCUACAGAAGCUUCUGUUCAGACUGCCUGUCAAAAACCACUCUGCAGCUAAGGAUCAAGGAGUGUGAUCCCAGGAAGGUGGGGUUUCAAAGCAUCUCACAGGAACUACCCCUGUCCCCUGAAUUCCAUAAUGAAAGCCUGUAUGCUUGUAGGUGUGCUGGUCAUGGUGGGCUUCGCAGUGGGAAAGGUUCCUCCUGUUUCUGAAGUCCGGACCUGUCACUUCUGCCUCUUAGAAGACCCUUCUGUGGGAUGCAUUUCGGGCUUGGAGAAAUGCACUAUAAGCAGUUCAUCCCCAUGCAUGGUGAUUACCAUCUAUUAUGACGUUAAAGUUCGUUUCAACAUCCGAGGCUGUGGACAGCACAACUCCUACCGCUGCCAAGAAAAACGCAACACCUACUUCUCAGAGUACUGGUAUCAGGCCCAGUGCUGCCAAUAUGAUUACUGUAACUCCUGGACCAGUGCCCAGCGUCACAGCUUUCUGACUGAGCCACCCGAGAGGCCUCUUCCCCUGUCCAAUUCCCAGGCCCAUUGGUUCUAUCAGGCACUGAACCUCUCAUUGCCCCUACCUAGCUUCCAUGCUGGGAAGGAGACUGAAGGCCUAGACCCCCUGGUCACCCUGCCCCUGGAUCUGGGCUUGUCCAUUGCUAACCUGCGCCACAUAUAUUUGUUCCUGAACAGUUCUGGACUUCUGGUUCUUCCCCGGGGUGAACCCUGAUACCUUCCCCUUCCCAAAUUCUGCUCUGUUCCAGCAUCUCUCCCUGUGAAUACCUCUAUCCUGAACUAUCCUAUGAGAACACUCAUAUUCUCUGGUCCCUAUGAUUUUUUGGCCUCUCUCCUUUGUACUUCCAGCAUCUGUAUGGCUUUGGUUUAAUUUCCUACCCUGAACCCUAGUGCUGCUCUGUCUUCCUCCUAGAAAAGAAUCUCAAGUAUGGUUUCUGUUCAAACUGAUCUGAGGAAGGCUCAGAGGUUCCCAUCAUCAGAGUGUUCACCAUCUCCCCCUCUCUCAAUUUGGUUAUCUGCCACUCAAAUCUGGUAUUGCAUCCACUGUCUAAAGCCUGUCUGUAAGACUCAAUGCCAGGCUGCACUUGUAACAGGAAGAAUGAGGGGUAGACUUCAGUACAGAUUUCCUGAUGUGGCAACCUGGUCUCUUUGCCACACUAUCUUCACCAGCCCCUCUUCUAUUCUGUUCUGCUACCUCUGGCCUCUCAUCACAGACCCAUUUUACUUAACACGCACAUCAGUAGGUGCCCGGUGAGAGUACAGGGAGGGUCUCCUCUGCUCCAUGUCCCCUGUUCCCUCCAUAAUAAACUGGGACUGGGCUGAAUCUUGUGUCACAUUAUUUUUUGGGUCAGGCUCAGAUGUGGGUAGGUGUAGAGGUUAAAGAGUUACUAAGUGUGGGAUUCAAACAGGAUUCCAGAGUCCUGCCCACUCUACUUAGCCUUUGUGGCUUCCUCUCAGCCUUCCCCAAAGGGCCAUGUCCUUUCUUACUUACUGCUCAGCUAAAGAUCAAAGCUCGAAGAAUGUAACUCCACCCUUAAACAUACCCUGGAAGAUCUAGAACACUGAAUCUAGGUGGUAACAGGGUUUAUCACCUGAAAGGAGUAAGUUCUUUAAUUUGUUUUUUGACAGCCCUGGGGUUUGAACUCAGGGUCUAAGCCACUCUUUAAAUCAGGAAGAAAAAGGAGUCCAUACCUUCCAGUCACCUGAUGCUGAAGGACCUGGGCUCCUGUGACUCCUUAGUUCUUUUCAAGGAUCCUGGCACCUGGGACUCUCUGUGAGGUUGGGGGAUUUAUAGAGUAUACUGUCUGCAAUAGUUGAAUUUUUAUUUUAAUAUUUUGUUUUUGAAAAAUUGCAUAGAGUAAGCAAUAAGGAUAGUUGCAAGUCAACUUGUUCUAUGUAUUCAAUAAGCAGCGGGCACAUGCUGCUCAGUCAGGCCCUAUGUUAAAGCUCCAGGACUUCUAGGUAAGAACAGCCAGGUGUCUUCCCAGGCUUACAGCCCAUUGCUGAGGUUAUGAACUCUUUUUUGAAUUCAGGGCCUUCACCUUGAACCA